GCAGCCCCGGGUCCCGGAAAGGUGCGGGGGAAGUAGGUUGGCGGAGACGGCGGCCGAGGGCGGAGCCCCCGCGGCCCCGGCAGGAACGCGGCCUAGGCCGGGGACGGGGCGGAGCGCGCACCCGCGCCUACCCGCCGAGCCGGGCAGCGGGCGCCGCCCACAGUGCUCCCCGGCCGGGCCCCGCGAGGCAACGCCGUAUGCUGCACCAUGGGGCGGGUGGUCGCGCUGAGUUUGAUGGGGUUGGCGCUGGCGCUCCUGGGCGAACGAUUCCUGGCACUCAGAAGUCGACUUAAAGCCUCCCGAGAAGUAGAGUCCAUAGACCUUCCAAACUGCCACCUGAUUAAAGGAAUUGAAGCUGGUUCAGAAGAUAUCGACAUACUUCCCAAUGGUCUUGCUUUCUUUAGUGUGGGACUAAGAUGUCCAGGACUCCACAGCUUUGCACCAGAUAAGCCUGGAGGAAUACUGAUGAUGGAUCUAAAAGAAGAAAACCCAAGGGCACUGGAAUUAAGAAUCAGUCGUGGGUUUAAUUUAGCUUCAUUUAAUCCUCAUGGAAUCAGCACUUUCAUAGACAGUGAUGAGACAGUUUAUCUCUUUGUUGUUAACCACCCAGAAUUUAAGAAUACAGUGGAAAUUUUUAAAUUUGAAGAAGAAGAAAAUUACCUUGUGCAUCUGAAAACAAUCAGACAUGAGCUUCUUCCCAGUGUGAAUGAUAUCAUAGCUGUGGGACCAUCCCACUUCUAUGCCACCAAUGACCACUAUUUCUCUGAUACUUUCUUAAAGUAUUUGGAGACAUACUUGAAUUUACAUUGGACAAAUGUCGUCUACUACAGUCCAAAUGAAGUGAAAGUGGUAGCAGAAGGAUUUGAUUCAGCAAAUGGAAUCACUAUUUCACCUGAUAAAAAGUACAUCUAUGUUGCUGAUAUCCUCGCUCAUGAAAUUCACGUUUUGGAAAAACACCCUAAUAUGAAUUUAACACAAUUGAAGGUACUCAAGUUGGAUACACUGGUGGAUAAUUUAUCUGUCGAUUCUUCCUCGGGAGACAUCUUGGUAGGCUGUCAUCCUAAUGGCCAGAAGCUCUUCGUCUAUGAUCCAAACAAUCCUCCCUCGUCAGAGGUUCUUCGAAUCCAGAAUAUUCUAUCUGAGAAGCCUACAGUGACUACAGUUUAUGUCAACAACGGAUCUAUUCUCCAAGGAAGUUCUGUGGCCUCAGUAUUUGAUAGGAAACUGCUCAUAGGCACUUUAUACCACAGAGCUCUAUACUGUAAACUCUAAAAUUACACUUUUGAUAUGCAAGUGUGCUAACUAAUCUUCACAAUUAAUUUUCUGUAAACUACUAAUUCUGAUGGAAGGCAGUGAACAAGUUGGUCUAAAAGUGUGGGAGAUGCACAGUGGAUUUUAUGUCAUUAAGGAAAAGCUCCUUUAGUUUUUGUAGCAUUUUUAACAUAAAAGAAAAAUAAUACUUAAAAAAAUGCUACGAAAGGGAGAGAGAAGAUAGCUGCUCAGAGUAAAGUGAAUAUACUUUGCACAAAAUAAACCUCACCUCAGUCUUCCAACUGCCAGAACAUGAGUUCCACUGAAAGAGGGGUUGUUGUAUUUCUUUAAAAUGUGAGUACCCUCAGUUUCAUUGGUUAACCACUGUGACUGUCAUAACUACUGAUAUGUAACAUGUUUCAGUGUUUUGUACUAAGAUCUUUGUUAAUAUUAAAAUGUUGGAGUUCAAUUAAAGAUUAAAAAUAAA